GACGCGGGGGCCGCUGGGAGGCGCGCGGAGCGGGUUGUGACGCAGCUUCCUCUGUGUGAGGCGGCGGCGCGGGAGUGGCGAGGCUGGAUCGGGCCGGGGCGGACCGGACCCGACUGGACCGCGCCGCUCUCCUCCUUUCGACGGUGAGCUCCGCGUUCCCCGAGCGCUCGGGGCUUCCCCAGGCCGUGUUGUGGCCCUUCGUGCUACGGCGCUGCUUUGGAAACCGGGAGCUGGGCCGCUGCGGCCUUCAGGUUUAAGGAAAGAGAACUGAUACAUACUGAAAAUGUUUAACAAAUCCUUCGGAACUCCUUUUGGAGGUAACACUGGCUUUGGAACGACAUCAACUUUUGGACAAAAUGCUGGCUUUGGUACUACAGGUGGAGGAGCGUUUGGCACAUCAGCCUUCGGGGCAAACAACAACACCGGGGGCCUCUUUGGGAACACCCAGGCAAAGCCAGGAGGGCUCUUCAGUUCGAAUGCCUUCAAUCAGCCAGCCACCUCCUCUACCAGCACUGGCUUUGGCUUUGGAACCUCCACUGGGACAUCCAGCAGUCUGUUUGGUACCACCAGCACUGGUGGAGGCCUCUUCUCAUCCCAGAGCAAUGCCUUCGCACAGAGCAAGCCUGCUGGCUUCGGAAACUUUGGCACGAGUACCAGCAGUGGAGGUCUCUUUGGAACCACCAAUACCACUUCCAAUCCUUUUGGGAAUCCAUCUGGCUCUCUGUUUGGCCCAACCAGUUUUACUGCUACUCCAACUGGCACGACCAUUAAGUUCAAUCCGCCAACUGGUACGGAUAGUAUGGUCAAGUCUGGAGUUAGCACCACUAUCAAUACUAAGCACCAAUGCAUUACUGCUAUGAAGGAGUAUGAGAGCAAAUCCCUUGAGGAGCUGCGUUUAGAAGACUACAUGGCAAAUAGGAAAGGGCCCUCAAAUCCUGUGGGAGCAGGAGCCACUACAGGCUUGUUUGGGACUUCCACUGCUACUUCAAGCACAGCUACGGGACUUUUUGGCUCUUCUACCACUAAUACAGGCUUCUCAUAUGGACAGAAUAAAACUGCUUUUGGAACUACUACGACUGGCUUUGGAACAGGAACAACAGGAGGUCUUUUUGGUCAGCAAACUCAAACUACAAGUCUGUUUAACAAACCAUUUGGUCAGGCCACGACAACGCAGAACACAGGCUUUCCCUUUGGGAAUACCAGCACUCUAGGACAGCCAAACACGAGCACAAUGGGUCUCUUUGGGGCCACGCAGCCCUCGCAGCCUGGAGGCCUUUUUGGAACAGCUGCCACUACCAAUGCUGGCACUGCGUUUGGAACUGGAACUGGUCUUUUUGGACAAGCAAACACAGGAUUUGGUGUUGGCGGUUCGACCCUGUUCGGUAGCAAACCUGCUGGAUUUGGAACCACCACGACCAGUACCUCGUUUGGUACAACCACUGGCGGCGGGCUCUUUGGUAACAAACCAACCCUGAGUUUAGGAACCAAUACAAACACUUCCAAUUUUGGUUUUGGUGCCAACAAUGCUGGUAAUAGCUUGUUUGGAAAUAAGCCUGCAACGGGGACGCUGGGAACUGGGCUUGGGACAGGGUUUGGAACAGCACUUGGGGCAGGACAGACUUCGUUAUUUGGGAACACCCAGCCUAAACUCGGUGGGACGCUGGGAACAGGAGCAUUUGGAGCACCAGGAUUCAAUACAUCCACUGCUACUCUGGGCUUCGGAGCCCCUCAGCCUGCUGUAGCACUGACAGAUCCUAAUGCAUCAGCUGCCCAGCAGGCAGUCCUCCAGCAGCAUCUCAAUAAUUUGACUUAUUCACCCUUUGGAGAUUCUCCACUUUUCAGAAACCCCAUGUCAGACCCAAAGAAGAAAGAAGAGCGGCUGAAACCGACCAACCCCGCAGCUCAGAAGGCCUUAACAACACCCACCCACUACAAACUGACUCCACGUCCAGCAACCAGAGUGCGCCCAAAGGCUUUGCAGUCUGCAGGCUCUGCCAAGUCUCAGCUCUUUGAUGGCCUUGAUGAUGAUGAGCCGUCCCUCUCCAAUGGUGCCUUCAUGCCAAAGAAGAGCAUCAAGAAGUUGGUUUUGAAGAACCUCAGUGGCAGCAGUCUGUUCUCUCCUGUCAAUCGUGAGAAUGAUGACCUGGCAUCUCCAUCAGAGUAUCCAGAGAAUGGAGACAGGUUCUUUUUGUCGGUACCUCCUGAAGAAAACCACAGACAAGAUGGUGAGCGUGAGGAGGACGAGGAUCACCACGAAGUGACGAGGUUUUACACCAACCCCAUCGCCAAGCCCAUCCCACAGAGCCCUGAGAACACUGUGCACAAACACCAGAACAGUGUGGAUGACACCAUCGUGGCCCUCAAUCCGCGGGCAGCCCUGCGGAACGGCCUGGAGGGCAGCAGUGAGGAUGCCUCAUUCCACGACGAUUCCCUUCAGGAUGAACGUGAAGAAGAGACUGAGACAGUGCACCACGUCCAUCCUGCAGGAAUUGUUCUAACCAGAGCUGGCUAUUACACCAUCCCAUCUAUGGAGGAGCUGGCCAGGUUUACCAAUGACAGAAAUGAAUGUAUUGUGACUGACUUCACCAUAGGCCGUAAAGGUUAUGGAUCGAUUUUCUUUGAAGGAGAAGUGAAUCUAACUAACCUAAAUCUGGAUGACAUUGUACAUAUCCGUAGGAAAGAAGUUAUUGUCUACCCAGACGAUGAAAGAAAACCACCUAUUGGUGAAGGCCUCAAUAGACGAGCUGAAGUUACAUUAGAUGGAGUUUGGCCUACGGAUAAAACAUCUCGUGGCUUGAUAAAAAGCCCAGAACGACUGGCAGAGAUGAAUUAUGAAGGCAGGCUGGAGUCUGUGUCUCGGAAGCAGGGCGCUCGCUUCAAGGAGUACCGCCCUGAGACUGGAUCUUGGGUGUUCAAGGUGGCACACUUCUCCAAGUAUGGCUUACAAGAUUCAGAUGAGGAAGAGGAAGAGCAUCCUUUAAAAGCAGAAGCAAAGAAGUUAAAAACCACACCAGUGCCACCUCCAGGGCAUCAGCCACCUCAGCAAAUGGCCUUAAAUGGCAAGCCAACGCCUCCAGCUCAGAGCCCCGAGGUGGAGCAGCUGGGCAGGGUCGUGGAGCUGGACAGUGACAUGGCAGACGUCACCCAGGAGCCUCCCCAGGAGCCUGCUGUGGAGGACAGCAUGGCAGAAGAGCCGGAGGCAGUGCCUGCUUCUGCUCACAUUGCAUCGACGCUGGGCAUUAACCCCCAUGUCUUACAGAUUAUGAAAGCUUCCUUGCUUGCUGAUGAAGACGACCUGGAUUUAAUCCUGGACCAUCACUCUGGGAAGCAACCUCCAAAAAUGGAUACUUCUCAGGAGAUCUGUUCUCCAAGGCUCCCUAUCUCAAAAUCCCAAGGACAGAAGAAAUGCUCAGUCGCUGGGCUGCUGCAAUCAAAGUUUGCUGAUGCCAUUUUCCAACCACCCAGCACUGCUCUGUAUGACCUCCAGGAGCCGAGGGCAUCUCGCAGCUCCCCUUCCCCUGCCUGCUGGUCAGCAUCCACUCCAUUAGCAUCAGCCUUUGCCGUCCCUCCGUCGGUCCCCGAGGUACAGAUGAGGACAGUGGGUGUCCGCAGGCAGCAGGGCUUGGUCCCUCUGGAGAACUCCAUCACCUAUCAGAAGGGGAAGCUGCUGAUGGACAUGGCUCUGUUCAUGGGACGUGCCUUCCGCGUGGGCUGGGGGCCCAACUGGACUCUUGUCAAUUGUGGGGAUCAGCUGAGUGGGUCGAGUGGGAUGGAGGACCUUCAGUGUGAGACUGCGGAGUAUGGAUUCCUGCCCACUCCUGUUGCUCCAAAACUACUCCCCGAAUCCCCUUUCAAGGUUCACGUGGAAAAACUGAACUUGGAACAGAGGAAGAUGAACAGAGACAAACAGUUGUAUCUUAUCCCUCUGGAGAUAAAGCUGAAGCACAGCACUGUCCAUAUGGACGAACAGUGUCCUCUCCUAGCUCCCAAUCCAGGGGUUGCUGCUAUUCAUGACUAUGCUGACUGGGUUCGAACGGCAUCUGAGGAUCCUGCUGUAAUGGAGACUGUUGUGAAGCACUGGUGCUUGACGUGGACUUUAUGUGAAGCCAUCUGGGGGAACCUGAAGGAGCUGGAGGCCAGCCUGGAGGAGCCCAGUGAGUACGUCCUGGCCCUGGAGCGCAGGAGGGCUUUCUCUCGUUGGCUGUCGGAGACGGCUGCAGCACGGAUUGAUGAGGAGGUUGCUUUGACCCAACACCACAAUCAUGUUGAGGCUGUGUUCAGCUGCCUCACGGGGAGGAGGAUUGGUGAGGCUUGCAGGCUGGCACAGCAGGCAGGCAACCACCGGCUUGCCCUGCUCCUGUCUCAGCUGGUGGGCAGCCAGCCCACACGGGACCUGCUCACCAUGCAGCUGGUGGACUGGCACAGGCUGCAGGCAGACUGCUUCAUCCCGGAGGAGCGCCUGCGCAUCUUCGCACUGCUGGCUGGGAAGCCUGUAUGGCAGCUGUCUGAGAGAAUCAGCAUCAAUGUGUGCUCACAGCUGGACUGGAAGCGCUGCAUGGCCAUCCACCUCUGGUACCUCCUCCCUCCAACAGCUUCUAUCUCCCAGGCACUUGCCAUGUACGAGGCAGCGUUUCAGACCACAUCAGAGUCUGAGAAAUACGCCUGCUGCCCUCUGCCUCCUUACCUGGAAGGCUCUGGUUGUGUGAUUGAAGAAGAUGAUAACGCAGGAAGACCUCUCAGAGAUGUCUGUUUCCAUCUGUUAAAGCUCUACAGCGACAGGCACUAUGAUCUGGACCAGCUGCUGGAUCCCAGGAGCAUAACAUCUGACCCUGCAGACUAUCGCCUCAGCUGGCACCUGUGGGAGGUGCUCCGUGCCCUCAACUACAGCCACCUGUGCAGGCAGGGGCAGGGCGUGCUGAAUGCCAGCUAUGCUGCCCAGCUGGAGAGUGAAGGCCUGUGGGAGUGGGCUGUGUUUGUGGUGCUGCAUGAGCCCGAUACUCACAUACGGGAGAAGGCCGUGCGUGAGCUGCUGGGCCGGCACUGCGCUCUGUGUGAGACCCCCGAGUCGUGGGCCAAGGAGACCUUCCUGACACAGCGGCUCUGCGUCCCUGCAGAGUGGAUCCACGAAGCAAAGGCUGUUCGAGCCCGGAUGGAGGGUGACAAGCAUAAAGAAGCCCUGUUCCUGUUCAAGGCCGGGCACUGGAACGAGUGCCACAAGUUGGUUGUGCGGCACCUCGCCUCAGAUGCCAUUAUUAAUGAGAACUACAAAUACCUGAAGGGGUUCCUGGAAGAUCUCUCCCCUCCGGAGCGCAGCGCACUCAUCCAGGACUGGGAGCUGGCAGGGCUGGUCUACCUGGACUACAUCCGUGUCAUUGAGAUGGUGGAUAGGAUUCAGCAGCUGGAUUGUUCCACAUACGAGCUGGAGCGUUUGCAUACCAAAGUGACGUCGCUGUGCAACAGGAUAGAGCAGAUCCAGUGCCACAACGCCAAGGACCGCCUGGCCCAGUCAGACAUGGCCAAGCGCAUCGCCAACCUGCUGCGCGUGGUGCUCAGCCUGCAGCACAGCCCGGAGCCGCUGUCUGACGGCAGCCCGGAGCUGCACCGUGUGCCCCUCCGCCUGCUGGCCCCGCACGUGGGCCGCCUGCCCAUGCCUGAGGAUUACGCCCUGGAGGAGCUGCGGGGCCUCACCCAGUCCUACCUGCGGGAGCUGACGGUGGUCACCCAGUGAGGGCCCACCGGGCGCUCUCGCGGAUGCUUUCGGUGUUUCCUCGCCCCGCUCCCGGGCUGACGGCUCCACGGCGCCCUUCGGCCGCACAGAUUUGUCCGUGGAGCUCCGGGCAGCUUUAAGACGUGGGUUCGUGCCCGGAUCGCUGUGAGCUGGGGCGGCGCCGGGGUCUGCUUGGACCUCGCUGAGCAGCACUUGGACUUCACAGCUCUUUCCUAGAAUCAAUAAAAUGCCUCUUUGUGCAACCAGGUGAGACUGUGCUGUGCAGGGGGCGCGGAACGGCUUCGUCUCCUGGCAGCUCCGCUUUGCUCCCUUGGGACAGUUGGCCUCGGGCUCAUUUCGUUGGGACCGCAGGCAUCGAACAGUGACCCCCAGCACCGGGGCUGCCCGAGGAGGGGCUCCAUGCGGGGCCUGCGGUUGUUCUGUGGGUGGGGGGCAGGGGAGAGGAGCCCCACUUGGGAAGGUUUCCUACCUUGCAGAGCUGCACGGCCCCUUCUGCUCACUGCUCCGCCCCCAAACACCAGGAGGGCCGCCUCCCCGAGCCGUGCGGGGGAGCUGACAGCUCUGUGUGUGCCUUAAGCUGUGCCGCGGGGCUGCCGGGCGCCGCCGUCCCCGCUGGAACACAGCAGUCCUCAUCCGUGCGCUCUGAGGGACCCAUUGUGCACCGCUGCUGCUCCGGACGCUCCGCGCCGCCCCACCGCGGGGAGCAGCUGCCAUCCGCGCUCCCUGCCCUGUGCCCUCUUCUGUGCUGAGCAAAAUAACCCGACUAUUUUUGGAUGGACAAAGAGGAAAAGGUGGCCGUGGGGGUGCUGGGUGCUGCCAGCAGCUCCUGCCCGCUCCGCGGCCUCUGCCGGUCCUUAAGCACGAGGGGUGGUGUAAAGGUUUUUAUUGAGAAAUUAUAAAUACGUGAGAUUAGAUUAUUUUCCUGUCCUUUUGAAAGCAAAUAAAAUGUUUAUAGUAUUCCCA